AAGUCAUCCACGACAGCAAGCCUAGAGGAAGGAUCCAACUAGCUCUGGCUGGCUGGGAUGGAGCUGAGCAUUUUUACAUUUUAUCGUCUUAGCCGUUUCUACAUAUUUUGAACAUAGUCCCCCACUUCUGUUCAUUAGGAUUUAGGUCCAGUGAAUGUUUGGGGAGAGGAGCUAAAGGAACCAGUAACGAGCUGUGGUGUCCGUUGAGGACCCGUUGAUCUAGCUUAGCUACAUGAUCUUGUUGUUGUUAGCUUUAUAGCUAGCUAGUUAGCCUCACUGCUGUACUGAAAGGGUAGCCAGGACUAAAAGCAAGUCCAUUUUCGUUUAUCGACUUGUUCAAAAUCGCACGAAGUUCUCUCGGCGACUGUUUUCUACUCGACAUUGCGUUUUCCAGUGAAGUAUAAUACGUUAAGAGGUGUCAGUUAAAGAUAGCUAGUUAACGUAAUUACAUUUUUUCCACGGACUUGUUCUCUCAAUUAGCUAACUAGCUAGCUUGCUUUCUAGUUGGUGUAGUCCCCUCGUAGACAGAAGAGCGGCAGUCCACGUUGAAAAUUGUGUUGCUUACCUGUCAUCUUGAAAACACAGAUUAAGUAGGUACGGGCGUCUUUGUCUUUAAUUGUUUUGCAGUCCGGGCGACUAUAUAAUUACUAUUAGUUUAAGUGGCUGUUAGUUGGCUAGUGUGUUUGUUAACGAUGCUCUGGCCCCCUCUUUCCUCCCACUUUUGGAAAACAAUGCAUUGUUUUGAGGAUACACUUUGAACUACCGCGUUUGAAAUACUUGAUGUAACUACCAAUAGGGUGGAUUCAGCGUGCAGUUUUUGUUCUUCCAUUAAGUUUUUAUUCAUUCGUUGGUUGUCCAUAUGCAGCAUAGUUUGUGUUAAGCUCAUUUUUUUGUGCUACUCGCGGUUCUUGAAUCUAGUUUUUUUUUCUUUCGGUCAGUGCAUGUGAUCUGGUGUUUUCCUGUGUUUUAGAGCAAAGAUAACAUUAGUUGCAAACAUUUAUGUCAAUUCAAAAUCAGUUGUCUUCAACGCCCCUGUCUGAUCUUACAGUGGGGCGGAAUAGUGAUUCUCUCUCCGUUUCUUUUUCCAUAGGGUUAUUGUAAACGUAGAAUCACUGGCCUUAGUAUAUGGUUGCGCAUUCAGAUUUCUCCGUCUGUUGUUAAAAUUUUUAUUCGAUUGCUGGAGUUGAAACAACGAGGUUUUUUUGAAAGUAUGGAUGAUCAGACCCGGAUGCUCGCGGGUCUGGGAGGACUCGGUGGACUAUCCCAAGCCGACGUUGGCGACCCUGAUUCGGUUCGAAAGCAGCAGUCCCUCGGUCAGCCACAGCAAGAUAUUGGGGAUAUUCUUCAGCAAAUAAUGGCCAUCACCGAUGAGAGCCUGGACGAAGCACAGGCAAGGAAACAUGCCCUUAACUGUCACAGAAUGAAGCCUGCUCUCUUCAGUGUUCUUUGUGAGAUUAAAGAGAAGACAGUGCUGAGUAUCAGAGGAGUGCAGGAGGAGGACCCCCCGGACCCUCAGAUCAUGCGUCUGGACAACAUGCUCCUCGCCGAGGGUGUCUCCGGGCCGGAGAAGGGGGGCGGGUCGGCCGCGGCGGCGGCGGCUGCGGCGGCAGCCGGGGGCUCGCCCAACGACGGGAGCAUCGAGCACUCAGACUACAGAGCCAAACUGGCACAGAUUCGCCAGAUUUACCACGCCGAACUGGAGAAAUACGAGCAGGCAUGUAGUGAGUUCACUAAUCACGUGAUGAACCUGCUGAGGGAGCAGUCCCGCACACGGCCCAUCUCUCCCAAAGAGAUCGAGCGUAUGGUGGCCAUUAUCCAUCGCAAGUUCAGCUCCAUCCAGAUGCAGCUCAAACAGAGCACCUGCGAAGCCGUCAUGAUCCUGCGCUCCCGCUUCCUCGAUGCCAGACGCAAGAGACGUAACUUCAAUAAGCAGGCGACAGAAGUGUUGAAUGAGUAUUUCUACUCUCACCUGUCCAACCCCUACCCCAGCGAGGAGGCCAAGGAGGAGCUGGCCAAGAAGUGUGGGAUCACAGUGUCUCAGGUCUCUAAUUGGUUCGGCAACAAGAGAAUUCGAUACAAGAAGAACAUUGGUAAGUUCCAGGAGGAAGCAAACCUCUACGCAGUUAAAACAGCGGUGGAUGCUGCCAAUGCGUCCGCGCAGGCUAGCCAGGCUAACUCUCCAGCGACACCAAACUCAGCAGGUGGAUACCCUGCACCGUGCUACACACCUGAUGGGCGGCUAUGAGGAGCUGUCUGGCAGUGCCCCUUACCCCCAGCAACGCCUAGACGCUAACAACCGCUGGCAAGACAACACCAACCCCAGCUCUGUCACGUCUCCACCAGGGGCUCCUGGCAGUGUCCACUCAGACACCUCCAACUAAGACAUGGUGCCCCUUCCACACCACCAUCACUACCACACUUGUGCACACACACACACACACACACACACGCACGCAAACACACACACACAGAACACAGCUCCUCCUCCAAUCUCUCCCCAACUUCUGCCUCCUUUUAUUUCUUGCUGCACCUCCCUGCCGAGGCACCUCCACCUUCCUCCGCCGUAUGCGAUCCAUCAUCUGCGAAGGCUCUCACUUUGAGCCAGGGACUUUAAUCACUCUCUCACACCUGCUCCCACGAUGCCGAGGGGGCUCGCAAGAGUUUGAAACGAACACACGAACUUGAGACUUUCAAUUGGAUAGGCGCUGUCGGCGAGGCCGCAGCGUGCGAAGCUCUUCCACUCUCUCGUCGCUAGAAGACUACUCUGAAGAGACGUGAGGAGGAGUAUAACGGCAUCUGCAAGUGGAAUCCAAAAUCCCAUCAGAAAAAGCUUUGUUACUUGGCACUAAUGUGACUAUAUAUAGAAUGGUCUACACUUCUACCACAUUGUGUAAAUAC